AUAUACUUAAAAAACAAAAGUUUAUACCUACUUAUCUUCAAGUAAAAAAUAAUACGCCAUAAAGUUUAGUAGUCUUUCUUAACUCGUUCAUCCUUAAUACUUUUGCAAAAUGGUGUUGCGACUUUUUGAAUCAAAGUACAUUUACUUUAUAGUUGGGUCAGUCAACUUGGUAGCAUUCUCAGUGGGCACUGGCAUGUCAUGGCCUUCUUCGCAGUUAACGAAACUUACCAACAAUGUCGACAACCCACUGGGUAGAUUAAUAACAAAAUCUGAAGCGGGAUGGAUUACUUCCUUAUCAAACAUCGGUGGAAUUAUAGGACCUGUAGUUUAUGGAUUUUUCAUGGAGACAAUUGGACACAGAAACUCUCUCAUUGCUUUAGGCAUACCUCUUGUGACAACAUUCGGUAUUACGGCAUUCGCUCAGAAUAUCUACUUGUAUUAUAUAGCAAGGUUUCUACUGGGCAUUGGUUCAGGACCAAUGUUUUUGGUGUGUGCUGUUUAUGUGGCCGAAAUCGCAGAUAAUGAUAGAAGAGCUUUAUUGACGGCAACAACAGUAAUUUAUGUAACUACUGGUACGCUAUUUUCAUACUGUGUGGGCCCAUAUACGUCCCCUAUGGUUUUUAAUUUAAUCUUGAGUGCAAUACCGAGUUUAUACAUAAUUUUGGUGGUGUUAUUCGUUCCGGAAUCGCCUCAUUACUUGUUGAAACAAGGCGAUGUAGUUGGUGCUACAAGAAUAUUAGAGAAUAUCCGUGGAUAUAAAGGAGACGACAUAACUAGGGAAAUAGAAGACCUCAAAGGGUUCACCGACUCAUCUCAUGAAGAGAAGGCACGGGUCAUAGACCUAUUCAGCAGCUCGGCAGCCAUCUACGCCUUCUUCAUGGGUUUAUUUUUGGUGACAUUCCUGCAAGUCAACGGGACGGGCGUUUUUAUCAACUACACCGAACAAAUAUUCGACGGUACCGUAUCAAAAUUGACGUCCUCGCAAUCUGCCAUCGUAGUAGGUGUAAUACAGGUGGUGUUUUCACCGAUUUCGCCGAUUUUCAUACAACGUUUUGGCAGGAAAACUUUACUUUUAACCUCGAUCAUGGGCGGGAUUGCAGCGCAUACCAGUUUGGGUGGCUAUUUCAUCCUGCAAGAUCAAGGCGUUGAUCUGCACCGUUUUUCCUGGGUGCCCCUUACCAGCAUGGGUUUGUUCUUCUUCUCAUUCUUCGCCGGUUUCGGGUGCCUACCAUGGGCCAUCAUAACGGAAAUAUACCCCAGCCAUAUCAAGUCUAUGGGGUGCAGUGUGGUCAAUACGAUAUCCAGUAUGUUGGGUUUUUUGGUUAUGUUUUAUUUCAACUGUAUGGUAGACUCUAUAGGUAUGGGUUACACUUUUAUUCUGUUCAGUGGCGUUAUGUCGGUCGCGUGGUUGAUAAUAUUUGUUAAAUUACCAGAGACGAAAGGCAAGACUUUCCACGAAAUACAGGACAUCAUUUCUGGACCUAAAGGUAGAUACAUGGAUGAGAUUGGAUUGGAGACUACAUCUGAAACCUACUCUGAAUAAUAUUUAUUUAGCUGUUAUAUUAAUUGUUUAUUUAUGGUUUGAUAAAAAAAUAAUUUCUUUAUAGUCAUAUUUAUUUUAUUAUAAUU